GCUUGUCUCCCUCCUCCCAGGUCCGCCUCUCCGUCUCACGCCUCCAGUCCUUGUCUCCAGCCGCUCAUUGCUCCCCAGUGGCUGGCUGGUCCCGGCGCUGCUCCCUCAUCGCGGUCCUCUCGUCGCUGCCUUUCCUUGCCCCCGACCAGACACUCAUUCCUUUACCACGCUUGCUGAACAGUCAUGUGCGGUAACUCUACUUGGAAGCGAGAGGUUGUCCCCGACCAUAAGUUUGACUUCGUCGAUACUCGGGACUUCACUGACCAUUCAUGUGGGAUGCGAAUGAAAUACCUGUGGCUCUACAUCACUGUCCUCAUAUCGUUCCUGGUCUACAUUUCCGACAUCUUCACCGCUGUGACCAUGUUGACGUCCAGUACAUGGUCGAACGCGAUCUACAAUAGUUGUCCUCCGACUGAGGAGAACGGCUGUGUGUACAUUCCGUUCAACGUCGGCAAGUGGCUGUUUUUCGGAUGUAUUAUCGCCUCAUUCUUGUUGUUGGCAUAUGAGAUGCGUAAAGCGAAGAAGAUCAUCGCCAGUCGCGAUAUCUCCUACGCAUUCACGAACGUUCUGGCUAACAGCUACUACUCACUACGGUCUUAUGAUCACUUCUGUUUCUUCAACCACAUUUCGAGCUCCACCAAGAGGAUGGAUGACUUUGCCUUCUUCGUGUUCUUUACCUUCAAAGGUUGGAAGCGGUUGAUAUUCGCGGAGGGCCCGCGUCAGUCAAUCAACGCACUCACCUUGUAUGCUCUCUAUCUCUCGAAGGAGGACAAGGGCGCGUGGUACGAUGUCGACAAAUACUUCAGCGGCAAUUCCUACAUCACCAUUGCCCUGACCAUCUCCACUGCCUUCACCACGCUCAUCUUCGCCCUCUCGCUCAUCAUGCUGAUAGCUGCCGGUAUAUGCUAUGUUCCGCUGCUUUGUUACAUUCAGGGAAAUCUCAAGGAAUACUGUUGCUAUAAGGUCGACAAGCGUAUUGCCGAGAUUAUCAAGCGGAGAAACAAGCAGCGUCUCGCGAAGGCUGCGGCUCUUGCUAAGAAAGAGGCUGCCGGUGACUACUCCCACCUCAAGAACAAGAAGGGAGAGUUCAUCGCGAAGCCGCUUCCUCAACCAACGCUGCCCAACGUUAUGCUUGACGACGACGACGACAAGGCUUCCAUGCGCACGCGUGGUCCGGCCCCAAGUGUGUUCAGCGGGCAGAACGACUACUACUUCGAGCAGAAAGGCGCCGCGCAGUUCAGCCCGGACUAUAACCCGGUCGACUAUCCUCCCAUGCCGACCUAUAACCAGCCGUACUCCCAGCACCACCAGUACAGUUCGUCCGUGGGCACGUUUGAGGGGGACCAACAUGCCGCAUAUGAAGACGACUACGGCAGCACGGCCCACCUCACGAGCAGCGCCGCGCCGUUCGCGCGGACAGAGCCUGCGCGGGGGAUGAACAAUCCCUACAGUAUGUACAGCGAAGGGAACGGUGCGGCCCCGCUGGACCCCGAGUAUGCGCACCCGCAACCCGAGGCGUCAUCGGGCAUGGCGUAUGAUCACCAUUCACCAGAGUACCAGGGCCACUACCACGGAGGAUAUGACUACGAUGCAGGGCAGGCUCAUGCUGUGUAGUCAUGCCUCCCAUUCCUUUCUUUUCUCGUGUCUAUAUAUCUUGCACUUUUUUCAUAUAUCUGGCUUGUUUGUUCUUCACGGGCAUCAUCCUCUAACUUACCACACAGUCAAUUCAUUGUACUCUUAGCUUCUGCAUGAUGGACCCGUAUGUGAUCUCGAACUGUGCGGCUUCAGUGGACUUGCAUUGUGCAACAUGGAACACAUUGGCAUAGGACGUGCUAUUUAGCACAUUGUUACUUAUCUGCGACGGUGAUACGAGAAUUUCUCCACUGUUC